AUCAUAUCAUCACAACGCGAGAAAGAGAGAGAGAGAGAGAGAGGGGAGAGAGAGAGAACUGUUUUUGACUUACAUCACUUUUCUGGAUCUAGGGUUUGUGUUUCGUGUGACAACUCCCAUCCUCCCCUCAUCAACAAACCCUAGCAACAACUGGUUCAGGAACACCUAUCAAUCAAAAUUAUCCGCCAUCGGAUCUUUUCUUUUUCUCUUUAUUCCCACAGAUCUACUAAUAUUCUCAAGAUUCACAAGCACCCCAAGGAAAAAGCCCUAAUUUUUUUUCACCAUUUAUUUGUGUGUAAAUUUGCAAAAACUCGAACGACGUAUCCAACGGAAACCUAAAGCGAUUGAUCCAUCACAAAUCAAUAUAAUCGAUUGAUUGAUUUCAACACAAUACUACUUCAUUUGAUUUGAUUGGUUGGAUUGGAUUGAGAAUGUAUAAAUCUGUUGUGUACGAAGGGGAUAAAGUACUGGGGGAAGUAGAGGUUUAUCCUCAGAACCAGAAUGGUGGAAGUUUUUUUCUUGAGAAGGAGAUACGGAUCUCUCACUUCUCUCAACAGAGUGAGAGGUGCCCGCCACUCGCGGUGCUACACACCGUGACUAGCUCAUCCCCCGGUGUUUGCUUCAAAAUGGAGGCCAAUUUGCAAUCACCACAGGACUCCUCGCUGCUGAAUCUUUUACACUCUUCUUGCAUCAGAGAUAACAAGACUGCAGUAGUGUCACUAACUGGUGAGGAGCUACAUUUGGUUGCCAUGCCUUCCAGGAAAAAUGAUGGAAGGUGCCUGUGUUUCUGGGGGUUUAAAGUUGCAUUUGGACUGUACAACUCUUGCCUUGUCAUGUUGAAUCUUAGAUGUCUUGGAAUUGUAUUUGAUCUUGAUGAAACACUCAUAGUUGCAAACACAAUGCGCUCAUUUGAAGAUAGAAUUGAGGCUCUGCAGCGGAAAUUAAACUCCGAGGCAGAUCCGCAACGAAUUUCUGGUAUACUGUCAGAGGUCAAGCGUUAUCAGGAGGACAAAAUUAUAUUGAAGCAAUAUGCAGAAAAUGAUCAGGUAGUUGACAAUGGAAAGGUGAUCAAAUCACAGUCUGAGGUUGUUCCAGCUUUGGCAGCCAACUAUCAAUCUAUUGUUCGCCCUCUUAUACGGUUGCAAGACAAAAACAUCAUCCUGACCCGUAUUAAUCCCUUGAUUCGUGACACAAGUGUUCUUGUGAGGCUAAGACCUGCAUGGGAGGACCUCCGGAGCUACUUGACUGCAAGAGGUAGGAAGCGAUUUGAGGUUUAUGUCUGCACAAUGGCUGAAAGAGAUUAUGCAUUAGAAAUGUGGAGGCUUCUAGAUCCCGACUCAAACUUGAUUAACUCCAAAGAGCUAUUGAAUCGUAUCGUGUGUGUUAAAGCUGGCUUGAGAAAAUCAUUGUUCAACGUUUUCCAAGAUGGAAUCUGUCAUCCUAAGAUGGCUUUGGUUAUUGAUGAUCGUUUGAAAGUAUGGGAUGAGAAAGAUCAACCUCGGGUGCACGUUGUUCCUGCGUUUGCUCCAUAUUAUGCUCCUCAAGCUGAAGCAAAUAAUGCUGUGCCUGUCCUGUGUGUUGCAAGAAAUGUUGCCUGCAACGUUAGAGGUGGUUUUUUCAAAGAUUUUGAUGAAGGUAUGUUACAACAAAUAUCCGAAGUAAUGUAUGAAGACGAUAUCAAAGAUAUUCCAUCUCCACCAGAUGUGAGCAAUUAUUUGGUUUCAGAGGAUGAUGGUUCAACUUUGAAUGCAAACAAAGAUCCUCUAACAUUUGAUGGAAUGGCAGAUGCCGAGGUUGAAAGAAUACUAAAGGAAUCAAUUUCAGCAAUUCCAACAGCAGUUGCUAACCUAGAUCCAAGGUUUUCUCCUCUGCCAUAUACAGUGGCAGCUUCAUCUAUCUCAGUUCCACCUUCAACAUUUCAAGGGAGUUCACCUUUUGGGAGUAUUCAGCUACAACAAGUGAUUCCAGUUGUCAAACCAUUAAUUCAAGUCCGCCCUCCUGAAGCAAGCUUGCAAAGUUCUCCUGCCAGGGAAGAGGGAGAGGUACCAGAAUCUGAACUUGAUCCGGAUACAAGGAGGAGGCUUCUUAUUCUACAACACGGACAAGACACAAGAGAUCAUCCAUUAGGUGAACCCCAGUUUCCAGGUAGACCUCCACUACAAGUUUCUGUUCCUAGGGUUCAAGCACGUGGAAACUGGUUUCCUAUGGAGGAAGAGAUGAGCCCAAGACUACUGACCAAGGAAUUUCCUAUGAAUUCAGAGGCAAUGCAUAUUGAGAAGCACCGUCCACAUCAUCCACCUUUUGUCCAGAAGAUGGAGUCCUCUAUCUCAUCUGAUAGAGUUUUAGAAAAUCAAAGAUUGCCAAAGGAGGCUCUUCAAAGAGAAGAUCGAUUGAGGAUGAAUCAUUCACUGUCAACCUAUCAUUCUUUCUCAGGAGAGGACGUUCCCUUGGGUCGAUCCCCAUCCAGCAGGGAUCUUGAUGUUGAACUUGGGCGAGUUGAUCUGUACGCUGAAACUCCUGCCGGUGCUUUACAAGAUAUUGCUAUCAAGUGUGGCACCAAGGUGGAGUUUAGGUCAGCUUUGGCUUCAAGCGUGGACCUGCAGUUCUCUGUUGAGGUCUUGUUUGCGGGAGAGAAAAUUGGUGAAGGAAUUGGUAGGACAAGAAGGGAAGCCCAGCAUCAGGCCGCAGAGGGAUCCCUCAUGAAUUUGGCCGAUAAAUAUAUGUCACGUCUCAAGUCUGAUUCUGGUUCUGUCCAUGGGGAGGGGAGCUGGUUUUCUAGUGCCAAUGACAAUGGUUUUAUUAGUGCUGUGGGUUCUUUUGGGUAUCAGCGAUUGCCCAAGGAGCAGUCUCCGUCACUUUCAAAUGCAUCAGACUCAUCUAGGGUUCUCGACCCAAGGCUAGAGGGCUCCAAGAAAUCAAUUGGUUCAGUCUCUGAUCUCGAAGAAUUAUGCAUGAUGGAGGGCCUUGCAGUAGCUUUUCAAGGUCAGCCUCCAUCUUCAGCUAAUCCAAUCCAGAAAAACGAAGUGUAUGCCCAGGUCGAAGUUGACGGACAAGUUUUAGGUAAGGGAAUCGGGUUGACAUGGGAUGAGGCCAAGAUGCAGGCUGCUGAAAACGGUCUGCGAAGUCUGAGGUCGAUGCCCAGUCAAUUUUCUCAAAAACGUCAUGCUUCUCCGAGGGCAGUGCAGGGGAUGUCUAAUAAACGAUCAAAGCCAGAGUACUCCCGAGUUAUGCAGCGAAUGCCAUCUUUUGCGAGAUACCCAAGGAAUGCCUCUGUACCCUGAGGAGCCUGUUCAUCCUUUUAAUCAUACCUGGUGUAGCUUAACCGACUUGUACCAUACAUGACACAUCUCACUGCAGGAGCUGUCGAGAUCCAUCUCCUCCUAAUUGCCUCACUUCUGAGACUCCGUACCUUAGUUUAAGCAGAGUGAAGCUUUUUGGAUCAAUCCUGUUGACCUAAUUUUGGAAUCUUUCGGAGGAAGGUGAUAUGCUCGGCCAAACCGUCCACAAUGGCUGUUGCGAGACGUUUGGGCUGUGUUGCAUCAGUUCUUCGCUUCUCAAUGUAUAAAUACCCCACAAGGUGAUAAAAGGGCUAAUAACCCAAGUGGGAGAGGUUACUCUCAAUGGCUUUUUAAAGUUCGGAUGUAUAUAUGUAAGUGGGUGUAUUCGGAAUGUGUGGCUGAUCUCCGAUGGCUUCUGGUUUUUCCCGGAGUAUGUAUUAACCGAUGGGCAGUCUUACAGCAGAUCAACUGACUGGCUCUUUUCUUCUUUUCCGCCUGGUUUUGAGGUUACCCGCCGGUUGGGUGGUUAAAGGUUUUGUGAAGUUGUAGAGGUAUCAACAAUGUUGAUGAGUGAACUUCAUCAAUUUGAUAUAUUGACUGUUGAUUGAGAAACAGGAAUAGUUAUAUUUCAUUUUCCAUCAUGGGAAUGGCUUGCUAGGGCUUGUACCUUGCAGCUAACGAUAACGAGUUGUACGGCCUCUGUGCCCAUCUUCGUUCUGCUAGUUCUACUGUUUUAGAAUAUCAAAUUACUACUAUCAUUUACCAACAAUAAUAAGAAUAAUACUUGCAAAUUCA